GCAUAUGCCUGGAAAAAGUCCAAACACUUGUUUUUUAGUUUUUUUGAGAAGUCCACACAUUUUUUUAUUUUUUUCUGAGAAGUCCAAACACAUUUUUUUACUCGUUUCUCCUGUUAAAUGAAAAGCUUCAGGCUUGGAUACCAGAUUCGCUGAAGUCGAAGUCAAGUUGCUGGACGAGCUCAAUCUCCAAUAAUUCUCAAGCUUCCUGCAGAAGCUUUAAUUACUCAGCCUCGCAGAAGGAUUUAAGGGCUGCGUAUUCAAGCGCUGUCAGCAAUAAGUCCAAUGUUAUGGCAAAUUGGACAUCAUUAUCGUCGGGUUCGUGCAGUAAAACGUCUUCAAGAUGGCUGCAGUUUGUCAGUUUGGAGAAUAACAGAACACCUGUAAUGAAGCUGGAAGACCUGCGUCUCAGGAAAUGUAAGCGCAAUGAAAAUGGAGUAGAUAAGCCUCUUCUUAAGCGGUCGAUUUCGAGCUAUUAUGAAGAGAGGCCAAUUUUGAAGAAAGAGGCGGCGACUUUUCGCCAGAGAUCGAAGUCCGUCAAGGAUGAUAAGCGGGCCGUGGAGACGCGCCGAUCCAAGGGCUUCAGGAUUCUUCCCCCAUUCACAUCAUUAAGCAGUUGCAAGUCCUCCAUAAAUUCUGAGUUGUUGAGCAUGGAAACAGUAGUAGUUUUCGAUUUUGAUCUCACCAUAACAGAUUCUGAUAGCGAUCCUUGGGUUAUGAAACAGCUUGGGGUCACUGAACUCUUCGAGUCCUUGCUUCCCACCCUUCCAUGGAAUACUGUCGUGGAUAAAAUGAUGGGUGAGCUGCAUGGACAGGGGAAGACCAUCAGUGACAUCGAAGCAAGUGUGAGGACCAUUCCUCUGUAUCCAGAUAUCAUCAGAGCCAUUAAAUUUGCCUUCUCUUUAGGGUGUGAUCUUCGGAUUGUGAGUGAUGCUAAUAUCUUUUUCAUAAAGACCAUCCUUGAGACCCAUGACCUGCUUCAGUAUUUUACAGAGAUUAAGGCAAAUCCUGCAUUUAUUGAGGAGAGUGGGAGAUUAAGGAUUUUUCCAUUCCACCCUUUUACAGUUGCUCCUCAUGGCUGCAACCUCUGCCCUCCCAAUAUGUGCAAGGGAGCAAUCAUAGAUGAGAUGCGAAAAUCCAUAGGAGAUGGUUUUAACAAGCGUUUUAUUUAUCUGGGAGAUGGCAGUGGGGAUUUCUGCCCUACCUUGAAAUUAACAGAAGGAGAUGAUGUUUUGCCCAGAAAAGAGUAUCCACUGUGGAAGCUUAUAGAAAAGAAUCCCAGUAUGGUGAAGGCUAAAGUUCACGGAUGGUCUAAUGCCAAGGGUGUUGAAGAUUUGCUGAUGAAAUUGCUUAUGCCAUGAUCAGCCAUCAUGGAUUGUAUUGGACCCACUUCUGUGGUCUCUGUUAUUUUUUUUAUGAAGCAUGGUGAACGGAAGAAAGUAUUCUCCAUGUGCUGAUACAUGUUGUGGUGCCAAUGUGAAUCAACCAAUCUCAAAAAUUGAUUGGCAACCGUACCCUUGGCUUAUUGCAGCAUAUAAGGUCAAAAAUUGUGUGGAAUUUCAACAUCUUUCAACUAACGAUUUCAUUCUACAAAGAACUUUUGUUUCUCUUGUUGUGAUAGCACGUGGAGUGCUUUUCUAGCUUUAGGCUGUGAUUUAUAAUUAAAAAUUUAUUAAGUCGAAUUAUUUCAUGGUA